AUGGAGUUGAUGAGAGUUUCAUUUACAGUAAUGACGAUUUUGGCUCUCGUUGUAGCCAUAAAUGCUCAGAGUAGCAGCAGCCCUGCUCCUGCCCCUGCAAGCGACGGGGUAGCGAUAGAUCAAGGGAUAGCGUAUGUGCUGAUGUUGGCUGCCCUCGUUCUCACAUAUCUCAUUCAUUGAAAUAGAAUAUUGAGAGAUGUUUGGGUUUCUAAUAUUCGUUGUAUCAUAUGCAUGUUUUCUCUAUUCUUCCUCCCUCAUUCUUGCCCUCUUCUCUUGAUACCAUCUCUUUCUUUCUUUUACAUUUCCUUUUGUUGUUCAUGCACUGCUACUGAUAUCGGUAUCUUGGUAGGUGGAACUUGUUGUUGUUGCAUUCUUUUAUAAAAUUGGAUUGUUGGUUUUUUUUU